AUGAGCAGAUUGAAACAGAAGGGCAACACAGUUGAAGAGGAGGUAGAGGAAGAGGUUGGGGGGGGGGGGGGGGGGGGUGGGGGGGGGGGGGGGGGGGGGGGGGGGGGGGGGGGGGGGGGGGUGGGGGGGGGGGGGGGGGGGGGGGGGGGGGGGGGGGGGGGGGGGGGGGGGGGGGGGGGGGGGGGGGGGGGGGGGGGGGGGGGGGGGGGGGGGGGGGGGGGGGGGGGGGGGGGGGGGGGGGGGGGGGGGGGAGGGGAUGAGGAGAAUGGAUAA